CCCACAUUCAAGUUUGGUAACUGGCCGAGAAAACAUCGUCACAAAAUGAGCACGGAAAAGUGGGAAGACAACGAGGAAAUCAAAAUAUUCCGGGAAUACUUGCGUAUAGCGACGGUGCAACCAGAUGUGGAUUACACCGAGUGCGUGGAGUUCCUGAAGCGUCAGGCCCACAGCCUCGAUCUCCCAGUGGACGUCAUACAUCCGGUGGAGGGAAAGCCAGUGGUGAUCAUCAAAUGGCUGGGAACCGAACCGGAACUGCCCUCCAUCAUUCUAAACUCCCACAUGGAUGUGGUGCCAGUGUUUCGCGACAAAUGGACCCACGAUCCCUUUGCCGCCGAUAUAGAUGACGAGGGCAGGAUCUUUGCCAGGGGUACGCAGGACAUGAAGUCCGUGGGCACAGGAUACCUGGGUGCCAUUCGUCUGCUCAAGGCCAGUGGUGUCCAGCCCAAGCGCAAUAUUUUCGUGACCUUUGUGCCCGAUGAGGAGAUCGGCGGCGAGUUGGGCAUGCAGGAGUUCGUUAAAACCGAGUACUAUAGCAACAUGAAUGUGGGUUUUAGUCUUGAUGAGGGCGGCACCAGCGAAGUAGACCUGUUCUAUGUGUUCUACGCCGAGCGUAUGCGAUGGGGACUCAAACUGAACUUCAGCGGAACCUCCGGACACGGUUCGAUGCUGCUACCCAGCACUGCCGGCGUGAAACUGAACUACGUGCUGAACAAGCUGACGGAGUUCCGUGAAUCGCAGGUCCAGCGAUUGGCAAGGGAUCAGACCAUAAACAUCGGUGAUGUGACCACCAUCAAUCUUACUCAGCUGAGUGGCGGAGUGCAGAGCAACGUGGUGCCCCCUCACUUUGAGGCGGUCUUCGACAUGCGUCUGUCCAUCACCCUAGAUGUGGUUGCCUUUGAGAAGCAGAUCCACGAUUGGUGCGAGGAGGCAGGUGGCGGCAUUGAGAUCUCCUUCGACGAGAAGGAGCCCUAUGUGGCACCCACAAAGAUCGACGACUCGAACCCGUUCUGGCUCGCCUUCAAGGCGGCUACUGAUGAGCUCGGCCUUAAAAUCUACCCCAUUGUGUGUCCCGGUGCCACGGACAGCAGGAAUAUUCGGGCACAGGGCAUCCCGGCCUUGGGAUUCUCCCCCAUUAAAAAUACCACCAUGCGCAUCCAUGAUCACGACGAAUAUUUGGGAGCCGAUACUUAUUUGAAGGGCAUUCAAAUAUACAAGAAAAUUUUGGGAAACCUGGCCGAAAAAAUGAGUUCUGAAAAGUGGGAAAACAAUGACGAAAUUAAAAUUUUCCGGGAAUACUUGCGUAUUCCAACUGUACACCCAGAUGUUGAUUACACCGCUUGUGUGGAGUUUCUUCAACGUCAGGCUAGCUCCUUAAAUCUUCCCGUGGAGGUGGUUUAUCCAGCGGUUCAAACAAAGCCCGUGGUGAUCAUUAAGUGGCUAGGAAGUCAGCCGGAACUGUCCUCGAUUAUUCUUAACUCCCACACGGACGUGGUUCCCGUAUUUCGUGACAAGUGGACACACGAUCCCUUCGCCGCGGAUAUAGAUGAGGAGGGCAGGAUCUUUGCAAGGGGUACGCAGGACAUGAAGUCGGUGGGCACUCAAUAUCUGGGAGCUAUUCGCCUGCUCAAGGCCAGUGGAUUCCAGCCCAAACGCACUUUGUACGUAACCUUUGUUCCCGAUGAAGAGACCGGGGGAGAGUUGGGCAUGGCGGAGUUCGUUAAAACGGAUUACUACAAGCAAAUGAACGUGGGGUUCAGCCUGGACGAAGGCGCCACUAGCGCGAGUGAUGUGCACCAUUUGUUCUUCGCCGAACGUUUGCGAUGGGGGCUCCGGUUGAAGGUCAGCGGAACUUCUGGCCAUGGAUCGCUGCUGCUGCCAAACACUGCCGGCGUGAAGCUGAACUAUGUGCUGAAUAAACUGACGGUGUUUCGCACCUCGCAGGUGGAUAGCCUGGCGAAGGACACUAGCCUCAGCUUCGGCGAUGUGACCACAGUGAAUCUCACCCAAUUAAGUGGUGGAGUGCAGAGCAAUGUGGUGCCACCGCUUUUCGAGGCGGUCUUCGACAUGCGCAUUGCCAUCACUGUGGAUGUGGUUGCCUUCGAGAAGCAGAUUCGCGACUGGUGCGAGGAAGCCGGUGGUGGCAUCGACAUUGAUUUCUUCCGGAAGGAACCAUUUAUUGGGCCCACCAAGCUGGAUGAGUCAAACCCAUACUGGUUGGCUGUCAAAACGGCGAUCGAUGAACUUGGCUUGAAGAUACAUCCCAUUGUUUGCCCCGGUGCCACCGACAGUCGAUAUAUUCGGAAGAAUGGAACCCCGGCAAUUGGAUUUUCACCCAUUAUUAACACCACCAUGCGGAUCCACGACCACGAUGAGUUUCUGCAGGCUGACGUCUAUUUAAAUGGCAUACAAGUGUACAAAAAAAUUAUUCAAAACCUGGCUGAAGUCUAAUAAAAUCAUUUUAUAUGCAACGCGGAUAAUUAUCAAAGUA